ACGCGCAUCCUGAUCCGGUCCAUUAGAACUACUUAAUCUAUCUUUUCACCAAAUACAUAGAUUGGAGAACAUGUCAUAUAACUCUACUGAACAAGAUCGAGACAGGUCUCAAACCAAGGGACCCGCUGAAGAGUACAUCCCUGAGGCUGAUGGUGUCAUCGAGAGCAACUACGAUGCAGUCGUGGAUGCUUUUGAUGACAUGAACCUCAGGGAAGAUUUGCUCAGGGGUAUUUAUGCAUACGGAUUUGAAAAGCCUUCUGCUAUCCAACAGAGAGCUAUUUUGCCAUGCAUUGGAGGUCGAGAUGUUAUUGCACAAGCACAGUCUGGUACUGGUAAAACUGCUACUUUUUCCAUUGCCAUCUUGGAAAAGUUGGAUUUAUCCAAUAGCAACACACAGGCUCUUGUGCUGGCACCAACAAGAGAGUUAGCCCAACAGAUUCAGAAAGUAGUUUUGGCUCUGGGUGACUACCUUGGUGCUCAGUGUCAUGCCUGUAUUGGUGGUACCCUGGUACGUGAGGACAUGCGCAAGCUAGAAAGUGGUGCUCAUGUAGUUGUUGGUACACCUGGUCGCGUUUAUGACAUGAUCAAUCGUAGGGCACUUAACACUAAAGACAUCAAGAUGUUUGUGCUCGAUGAGGCUGAUGAGAUGUUGUCCAGAGGCUUUAAAGAUCAAAUUUAUGAUGUUUUUAGAUUCAUGCCUACUGAGAUCCAGGUGAUAUUAUUGUCGGCUACUAUGCCAGGUGAUGUCCUGGAAGUAACUCAGCGUUUUAUGAGAGAUCCAGUUAGGAUCCUUGUGAAAAAGGAAGAGCUUACUCUUGAGGGUAUUCGUCAGUUUUAUGUGCAAGUUGAGAGAGAGGAGUGGAAAUUAGAUACUCUUUGUGAUCUGUAUGAGACAUUGACCAUUACCCAGGCUGUUAUUUUCUGUAACACACGCAGGAAGGUGGAUUGGCUUACUGAAAAAAUGAGUUCCAGAGAUUUCACUGUCUCUGCUAUGCAUGGAGACAUGAACCAAAAUGAAAGAGACCUGAUUAUGAGAGAGUUUCGAUCUGGAUCUAGCAGAGUCCUCAUCACUACUGAUUUGCUGGCUCGAGGAAUUGAUGUUCAGCAAGUGUCCCUAGUCAUCAAUUACGAUCUACCAGCAAAUAGAGAAAACUACAUUCACAGAAUUGGACGUGGUGGCCGUUUUGGACGCAAGGGAGUUGCUAUUAACUUUGUUACAUCAGAUGAUAUUCGUACAUUGCGAGACAUUGAGCAGUUUUACAAUACUACCAUUGAGGAAAUGCCUAUGGAUGUUGCUGAUCUACUUUAAACCUCACAUAGCCAUCAAGAUUUGAACUGUCCUAACAAGCCCUUUGCCGAAAAAUCAAAUUCUUCAAAAGCUCACUUGGGCUGUAAUUGUUUUCAGUUAGUUUAAAAGAGCCUUGUGGGGUGUGUUUGUAAUUUUAAAAAUAUAUUCUUUUCCUACUUUAAAAUAGCCACUUUAAAGUUCAUUAUCAUAGUUAUGUAUCAUUUUUGAAAUGUCAGUAAUGCAUCAAAUGAAAGUAUUUUGCCUUAAGUUUGGAGAAUGAGAUUUAAGUUGUACAUUAAAUAUUCUCAUCUUGUU